GGCCCACUGAACCCAAGCUCGCAGACCGCCUUUCCUCUCCACUUCCAUCCAGACUCGUCCACGCUUCUCGUCGCCGACUGACUCGCCUCCGUCUCUCUUCCGCGCCGCCAUCGCCGCCCCUUUUCAGUCCGCCGCGCCGCCAUGUCGGUGACGCUGCACACGAACCUGGGGGACAUCAAGUGCGAGGUGUUCUGCGACCAGGUGCCGCGGACGGCGGAGAACUUCCUGGCGCUGUGCGCGAGCGGCUACUACGACGGCACCAUCUUCCACCGCAACAUCAAGGGGUUCAUGGUCCAGGGCGGCGACCCCACGGGCACCGGCAAGGGCGGCGCCUCCAUCUGGGGCGGCAAGUUCGCCGACGAGUUCCGCGAGGCGCUCAAGCACGGCGCCAGGGGGAUCAUGUCCAUGGCCAACUCCGGGCCCAACACCAACGGCAGCCAGUUCUUCAUCACCUACGCCAAGCAGCCCCACCUCAACGGCCACUACACCGUCUUCGCCAAGGUCAUCCACGGCUUCGAGGUGCUCGACCUCAUGGAGAAGACCCCCAACGGGCCCGGCGACCGCCCGCUCGCCGAGAUCAGGCUCAACCGCGUCACCGUGCACGCCAACCCCAUCGCCGGGUAGGGCAAGUUGAGGCAUCUUCUUUGCUGCUGAUUGCUCCCAUGCCUCUGUUGCUAUCUAGUUUUUGCUCGUACUGCAAGUGUUUGGUUAAAUGCUUUGGUCGCCUGUGAAUGCUCAUCUACCUGAACAAUUUACGCUGCAGAAUUUGCUGAAUGUUUUGCUGAUCUGUACACCCUGCAUUGGUCUUGCCUGUGA